AUGCCGCCACGGCAACGACGUAAGCGCAUGUUCCCGGUAGCGCCGAUUCGGUGCCGCAGGUCUGUCUUGGUGCCUGCUGGUGCACUGGUCUCGCAGGCGCUUGUGUCUGCCGACGCGGGCUGCAGGCGACACCUCAACGCCUGGAGAGGCAUCGUUGUAGCGGUGAUCAACGACUACUCGUGGCUCGCAAUAACGCGCAGCGUGUCCACUCUGGUUCGAAUGCAAUACCAGUACGACCUGGGGGGUUUCACGCGAGCGGAGCUGGAUGCCUAUGUUCGCGACGUGGGGAGGCGGUUCGUUUCUCAAGAGAUGCAGCGGAAGCAGGCCAGCGGAAAGCUGGACCCGGCUGCAACGCCUGAGGAUAACUGGUACGCUGACCUCUGGGCCUAUCUCGCCGAGAACAAUCUUCCGCGGGGAAAGUUACCCACGCUGGGCGGUGCCCCACUCGAUCUCUACAAACUUUUCGUGCUGAUUAUCCAGCGGGGCGGCUUGCAGAAGACGAUCGACGCACGAGACUUUAAAAACGUUGCCAAGGAGUUGGCGCUACCACCGACCUGCACAGCAGCAGCUUUCGCGCUGCGGCAGGCAUACGAGCGUUUGGCCUACGUCUACGAACAAAAGUUCCUUUUUAAUCGGGAGCCGCAUGAAGCGCCGCCAAUCCGCCAAGCAGUCAAGUCGAGUAUGAGCUUUGUCCCACGACCCGGUGGCUCGGACGGCGCAACCCCGGAGGACAGUGUCUCUCGAAUCGCAUUUCGAGGCUUUGAGGGCGAGCAGGCUACCUCUCGCAGCUUGGUGCGUUUUGGUGGAGACGGACUGGUGUCGGGAUCUCACGGAAACGCUACAUCUGGUAGUGCAGCGGGCGCACCGUUGACUGCACCUCCAACGGGACAGCAGCACACCGUACGCGUGUCGAAACAGGUGCUACGAGAUGCACUCAUGGGCGCCGGGGGCCUCCUGCUGCCGUUCAGUGGUGUCAGUGUCCCGUACCGUGAACGGAUCAAGCAAGAGGUGGCCGCAACCGAGUCGCCAAAGCGGCGACGCUCGGCACUGCGUGGAAACGGCCGAUCCGUGGGGUCGCAACGAGGCCACUGGAAGGAGCGCGCACCGCCCUGGUUGCCAUAUUUUGCGGAGAAUCUGAACAGCGAACGGGAGAAGCUCGUACUGAGCUUGCAGAGCGGUGUACGCGAGGAAGUUCGGUGGGCGCUGACAACGUUGAACGCGCUCUGCUCAGGAGCACCAGCGGGAACGAGCGUCUCCAUCGGCGGGCGCUCUACAUCAGGCCGACUGGAAUUACGCUGCGCGCUCUACCCAGGCCUGUUGGACGCCUUAAAUGAUUUGCUGGACGCAUAUCUGGAGGAUCUCGAACGAAGGCGGCAGUGGAGUUUGUCGAUGCCCCAGGAGCUGCGCGAAUGUCGUGGCGCACAUCUGGCGGAUUUGUCGGCAUCGGCGUUGGAAACUUUGGAGCCAGGUGCCGGCAAUAACGAGCGCGCUCUAGACACGCCUGAAUCCAGUUUGCAAGGAUAUCGUGCAGGCCUCAUGAACUGUCGCGACACAAUUGCCAAGGAACGAGCGCAAUACAGUCUACUGGUAACCAAUGCGCUGCGCAACAUGAGCUUUACAACAGGGAAUGAGAUUGCUUUGGCGACGCAUCCAGCAUUGCGCUCGACAACGCUGCGCUUGCUCCGUCAUCCGGACACACAGCCAGCAUGCGUGGACGACUUGCUAGAUAUGUGGCUGAACAUCGCCUCAUCAGUAACGCUAGUUUCGCGAACCGACUGGGCCAACGCUGCUGGUAGUGGCGUUGCUGACAUGAAUACACUUCGAACGAAUGCCGAGCACGCAGCGUCGGUCAUUGUGAACGGAGUCGAUGAAACUAGCAGGCCUGCAGCGCAGGUAGACGCUCCAGCGCCUAGCUCAGGUUGGCGCGAAAGCAAUACCGUUCGGAGAGGCCUCGCGGUCACCGGUGACGCCCACAGCGCGCACUCGUCUCGAGUCGACGCCCUGGACACGAUCAUCGACUGGCUGGAUGCCACACAUCCGAAUGCUUCUGUGCAGCGCCUGUGCAAGGCUGCGGAGAUUGUGGCCCAGUUUGCGACUCGCUUGGAGAAUGAGACAAUUAUGAUUACCCGCUUUCCCGUUCUGCUACCGCGGCUCGUAGAUAUGGUUGCACCAGGCACAGGUACCCAUCUUGCAAGCGUCCAGCUCAGCAUGGCCGCACUGGACGCCCUAGCGAGCCUCUCGGCAUUCGAAUGGCAGGCACGCGAGCGUAUUGCGCGCACACCGCGCCUGGUGCCUACCCUCGUCAGAGUUGUUGCGGCAGCGGUUGCACAACAAGAACCAGAGCUGCUACAUCGUGCUGGGGUGCCGUCCCCCAGCGAAACAUCACCCCGAGUCACUGCAACGAUCGGUGCAUCGCUAUCCGCUCGAGCAGCGCUGGUAUUGCUGAAUCUGGCAGAGAACCCUCAUAAUCGCCGGCUGUUAUUGCCCUAUGAAUUAGUUUUGGUGUAUGGGGCCAUGACGGACAAGGUCGCAGGCACUGCGCUGGCGUCGGUGCUUCAUGAGCUGGUCGCUGACUAG